GGUUAAAGCGGCUUGACCAUCCAGGGCGCCAUGCAACUCUUAUCAAUCUGAGCUCAAUGCUCUGCUCUCGUUUCACGCAAACUCAGAAGAAUGAAGAUGUCGAGGAGGCCAUCACUCUCUGCAAACAAUCAUUAAAGGCUUUGGAUUUACCAUAGCCAGACAGAUACUACUCAUAUUUCAGACUACAGGAAGCCUCGUUACCAGAUUCUACAUGACCCUGCUGAUUCGUCGCUCGCUAUAGAGAACUUCAGACUUGUAUCAAGACAUCCUACUCGAGGAUUUCCGGAACGCAUCAUGGAGGUUAUUGAGUGGGCUCGCCAAGCAGAAGUUUGUGAACAUGAAUCUGCCCUAGAAGCCCACGUGAUGACACAAUCAUCGUUCACCUCGCAGUGUGAGGCUGCAACCGCCUUUUGUGAUGCACGGUCACUUCCUGUAGAUGCAGCCUCAUGUGCCAUACGGGCCCGGUCAUCAUCCUCAUUGCGUGUCAAUGCUUGUGCAGCGCCAUCAUUGUCCCAAUGUCAGGAGACCCUCCAUCAUGUUCCUUUACCGUCCAUCGCUCUCGCAGAACUGAAGAUUCUCAAGGAUAGCUUCAUCAGGGCAAUACGACAUUCGUCUCGGAUGAACCCAGGGGAGUCGAGGACGGAUCUCAUAGUGCUCUUGCGGAAAUUAUGGGGACUAGAUCAUGCUACCCAUCGUCGACGUACUGGAGCACGUUCUCAAACUAAAGCGCCGCUCUCGAAUCUGGCUGUGGAUCGUUCUGGGAAGGAGCCAUGCCUGGAGGAUCUCUACAUUUGCUCUUACACGCCGACACUUUCGGCUCUGAUCAGAUCUAGACAGUUGAUGAAGAAGCGCAUGCCUCCGUCCUUUGUGGCGAUCGGACAGGGUCAAACGGGUCACGGUGCAGGGAAAGGCAAGGCACUUUUAGCUGUCGACAGCGAGCUUGAGCUUGUCCAUAAGCUCGUCCCUGCGACGGCCAACCGCACCACUAUUUCUGGCGGCGCAGCCACACAAGCAGGUGCACUCUCAGUUUUGCAGUAGAACACAUGGGUGCACCUUACUUGUCAUGGGAAGCAGGAUCCUACGCAGCCUUACGAUUCGCAUUUCGUCAUGAAAGAUGAAUCUGACACUGCUCGAUGUCAUAGAAAGACAUAUUCCGCAAGCCGAAUUCGCAUUCUUAUCAGCUUGUCAUACUGCUG